AUGCGGCGGAUCCGCUCCAGCUCGCCGCCGCCGCCGCCACCAGCAGCGGCGUUGGCUACCUUGCCGGACGGCGAUGACAUACUCGUGGAGAUCCUCCUCCGUCUCCCGCCGCAGCCCUCAUCCCUCCCGCGUGCCUCCCUCGUCUGCAAGCGCUGGCUCCGCCUCCUCUCCGACCCUUGGUUCCACCGCCGCUUCCGCGCAUUCCACCGCCGGAACCCCCAGCUCCUCGGUUUCUUUGUUGGAGGUAUCGACGACGGCCUUCACUUCAUGCCGACGGUGGAUCCACCCGACCGCAUCCCCUCCACGCGCCUCUCCCGCACGCCGCAGCACCGCGGCGAGCGCUGUAGUUUCCUCUGCUGCCGCCACUGCCUCGCCCUACUCCUCAACCGUACGCGCCUCGAGGUCACCGUGUGGGACCCUGUCACCAGAGACCAGCGCCGCGUUGCCGUCCCGCCGGAGAAUUCAAACAGCGAAGGCCCCAAAUUUGUCCGCCAUGGUGCGCUGCUCUACGAGGACGGCAGGUGCCACUCGAAGCCUUCAAGGUAG